AUGGCCACCUCCAUCAUGUCACCCCAGCCCGUUCCGGAGGCUCUGCCCCAGAACCCCUCGGGCCUGAGCAUCCUCGAAGAAGUCGAGGCCGCGCAAGAACAUCUCCGCAGUCGCCUCGCGGGGGCUCUCGCUGGUCCUCCACCUUUGGCUACGGCGCUCGAGUCCCUGCCGACGGUGCCUCUGAUCGACAUCGGCCCGUCGUUCGCCGACGACAAGUCCCUGCGCCGGGCAGUGGCGAAGCAGAUCCGCGAGGCGUGCGUGACGACGGGCUUCUUCCAGAUCAGCAACCACGGCGUGUCGGCCGAGGCGAUGACCGGCGUGUUGAGCCAGGCAGAGCGGUUCUUCCACCAGCUUACCCCGGAGAAAAAGGAUAAGUUGCACAUGAGGCACUCGCCGCUGUUCCGCGGGUAUGAGCCCCACGACUACACGUACGUGAACCCGGACGACAUGGCGGUCGGAAGUGGCGGCGGCGGCGACGACUCGACGACGACGACCACAACGCAGGAACAGUCCGAGCCGGAGACCAAGGAAGGCUUCAACUGGGGGUACGAAGAGCGGCUGGACCCGACGGGCGGCGACGGGAAAUACGUCGAGCUGGACGGACAGUCGCCGGCGUCGACGGGCCAGGGCAACAUCUGGCCCGACGAGGAGGACCUGCCGGGGUUCUACGACGCCAUCCGCCUCUACUACGGCCAGGUGCUCCAGCUGGCGCGACACCUGUUCCGGCUCUUCGCCCUGUCGCUCGGCCUGGAGGAGGAGUACUUUGACGCCGUCAUGACGCACCCGGGCGGGAUUGCCAGGCUGCUGUACUACGCCGGGCAGCCUGCUGUCGCGCGCAACGACCAAGGGAGCAAGCUCGGCCUCGGCGCCCACACCGACUACGAGUGCUUCACGCUGCUCCUAUCCUCGACGAACCCAGGCCUGGAGAUCCUGUUCCCGCCCUCGCCACUGACGGAAAACCGCCCCGUCUGGCUUCCCUGCCCCGUUCGCCCGGGCACCCUGACCGUCAACGUGGCCGACUUCCUCAUGCGCUGGACAAACGGCCUGUACAAGUCGACCGUGCACCGCGUCGUGAGUAAACCCGGCACCGGCGAGAGGUACUCGGUGCCGUUCUUCUUCAGCAUCAACUACGACGCAGAGGUCGUGCCCCUGCCGGAGAGUGUGGUCGGGACGAGCAAGUGGCGCCCCGUCAAGGCGGGGGAGUACAUCCUCGAGAGGUUGCGGGCGACUACUGCAUAG